CCGUAGUCCGUCGGUCUUAUUCGAGUUCGGCAUUAUUUUCAGGUAGAAAGGAUCAUGUUUGCCUUUUUGUCAUCGUUCGAUCAGGCCGUGAAUGAGGGGUUUCGUGAUAAUACGCGGAAUAGCAGCAGUGAGCUUACCUGAGCUCUCAUGACGACGAGAAAUAUAAAUAAGGCCUCAUUCUGCAGUUAUUCUUUGGUGCCCUUUACUCCUCACUCUUCUCAUCUUUACCAAGCCUCUUAUAUCCAACCAUCUUAAUCCAACCAUCUUGACAGAUUCAAAAUGAAGUUUGCUAUUGCCCUCACUGCCCUCCCAGCUGCCCUCGCCCUCUCCGGCAAGGCCACCACCACUCGCUACUUUGACGGCCAAAAGGGCGCCUGCGGCUGCGGCCCUGCCAACGGCUCCAACAACUUUGACUGGCAGCUCAACAUUGCCUCUGGCGUCUACACGGCUGCUGGUUCCCCUUCGCUCUUUGGCUCCGGUACCUGGUGCGGCUCGGGCUGCGGCUCUUGCUACAAGCUUACUUCUACCGGCUCUGCACCCGCUGGCCAGGGCAGCGGUGGCGAGGCCGGCAAGUCCAUCAUUGUCAUGCUUACCAACCUGUGCCCUCACGAGGGCAACGAGAAGUGGUGCCCUGCUUCUGGCGGCACCAAUGACGCUGGUAUGAGCUACCACUUUGACAUUAUGGCCCAGAGCCAGGUCUUUGGAGACAAUCCCAUUGUGGACUUUGAGAGCAUUGCGUGCCCCAGCCAGGCUACCACCGAUUUCAAGACUUGCCAGUGUGCCAGCUCUUAA